AUGGAGUCAGAGAAAGAUUUAUCACCAUUUGGACAGGUUCCAAAACAUACAGCCAGAUCUAGGCUUAAUAGAAUCAAAAUUAUCGUCGUAUCUAUCCUUGCUCUAACCACUGUAUUAUUCAGUUUCUCAUCAGUUAUAUCUAGCAACAUUCAAACUUCACUUAAACAACAUGGUGAUAAUUUUGAAGCUUUUCAAAGUCAAUUGUCCGAUAUAUUUCGUUUAGCCCCUUCUAAUCCAGAUGGGUUAUGCCCAAUUCCAAAGAAAGUAAACCCCCUUCCUUAUCUUUAUAAUAAUCAAACCUUACAUAAAAUCUUACAUGAUAAGGAUUUUCAACUUCAAUCUCGAGAAAAAAUCAUUGGUGCAGUCAAGAUCCCUACUGAAGUAUAUGAUAAUAUGAUUAAUCCAAAUGGAGCUGAAACUCAUGAAGAAUUAUAUAAAUUAGAACCAUUAUGGGAAAAUUUUGAAAAAUUACAUCAUUAUUUUGAACAAACUUUCCCCUUGGUCCAUAAACAUUUAAAAGUGGAUAAAGUGAAUAAAUUCGCUUUGGUAUUCACUUGGGAAGGUACUGCUGAUAAGAAACCCAUCUUACUUACUGCUCAUCAAGAUGUGGUUCCAGUCCAGAAAGAAACUAUUGAUUUAUGGACCUAUCCUCCUUUUGAAGGUGGGUAUGAUGGGAAAUUCUUAUAUGGAAGAGGUGUAUCUGAUUGUAAGAAUUUAUUAGUGGGAUUAUUAGAAACGAUUGAAUUGUUAUUGAGUGAAGGUGAAUUCAAGCCUGAAAGAACUAUCAUCUUAGGAUUUGGAUAUGAUGAAGAAUCAGAUGGAACUGGUGCUGGUGAAAUUUCAAAAUUCUUACAAAAUAAAUAUGGUACUCAAUCAUUAGUCCAAAUAAUCGAUGAAGGUACCACAGGAUUCACUGAAGUUGAAGGUUUAAAAGUUAUCUUACCAUCAACCUCUGAAAAGGGGUACUUGGAUGCUGUGAUUGAAUUAUACACUCCAGGAGGUCAUUCAUCUGUACCUCCAGAUCAUACAUCAAUUGGUAUCUUAGCCCAAUUGAUAAAUAAAAUCGAAGAUGUUCAAUUCGAUAGUAUUAUAACUAAUGCUAAUCCAUUAUUACAACAUUUACAAUGUAUAGCUGAACAUUCAGAUUCGAUUGAUAUUGAUAUUAAAAAGAGUAUUUUGAAAGCUCAUUUAGAUCAAAGUUCAAAUUCUAAAGUUAUGGAUUAUAUUACUAAUCAAUUACAUUCAAAGUAUCUUAUCACCACCUCACAAGCCAUUGAUAUCAUUUCAGGAGGAGUGAAAUCAAACGCCUUACCUGAACAUGUUAGUGUCUUAGUUAAUCAUAGAAUUGCAGUUGAAGAAAGUGUCAAAACUGUCACUGAUAAGCUUAUUGGACAAAUUGAAGAAGUAGCUACCAAAUUCGAUUUAGGAAUAAUCUUUGAUAAUAAAGAAAUUAAAAAACCUACUAUCAAUGGAUAUUUCAACUUCACUCCAACCAUGGCAUUAGAACCAUCACCGGUCACUCCAGCUUCAGGUGGUAGUUGGGAUAUCUUUACCGGUUCAUUAAGAUACUUGUAUGAAGAUUUAGUAGGUUCAUCGAAUGAAACCAUCAUAGCAUCUCCAUAUGUAGAAGGAGGUAAUACUGAUACCAAAUCGUAUUGGGAUUUAACUCCUAAUAUCUUUAGAUACGAGCCAGGUAUUCAUUUCAGUGGUGGACAUGCUCAUUCAGUAGAUGAAAGACUUAUCUUAGACUCUCACUAUUAUAUCAUAGCAUUUUAUUAUUAUUAUUUACAAGUUACAGAUACCUUAACUGAUGAAUUCUUUGCCACUUAG